AUGGCGACAGCAAGCGAAUCCAGCACAUGCUUCUUGGAGGGCCUUCCUUCUCGUCCCCAGUUCACCAUCCCCAGUUCACCUUCCGAUUCCGAAAUCCCUAAUCGCCUCCCUCCGUCCGCCAUCCCCGCCGCGGUAGUUCGCGCACUACAGCUCCCGUUUCUCGGCCUUCGAUGGCGGAUCUCAAGCCUGGGUCCGAGGUUUCGUUCAUCGAGACCUUCUUCUGCAGCGCCUUCGCUGCUUGCUUCGCCGAGUUCUGUACCAUUCCUAUGGACACAGCUAAAGUCAGGCUACAGCUUCAGAAGAAAGCACCGGUCGGAGAAGGAGGCCAUUUACCUAAAUACAGGGGCUUGUUGGGUACUGUUUUUACCAUUGCUAGGGAAGAAGGACUACCGGCACUUUGGAAUGGCAUUAUUCCAGGGUUACAUCGUCAAUGUAUAUAUGGUGGCUUGAGGAUUGGAUUAUACGGGCCUGUCAAAUCAUUUUUAGUUGGCAGUGACUCUGUUGAAGACACUUAUUUGUUCCAGCAAAUACUUGCUGCAUUAUUGACUGGUGCCAUAGCAAUUGCAGUGGCUAAUCCUAUGGAUCUCGUUAAAAUUCGACUUCAGGCUGAAGGGAAACUGCCACCUGGGGUGCCAGGUCGUUAUUCUGGAGCUUUGAAUGCUUAUUUUACAAUUGUGAAACAGGAGGGACUGGCGGCUCUUUGGACGGGUCUUGGACCAAAUAUAGCACGAAAUGCUAUUAUAAAUGCAGCUGAGCUGGCAAGCUAUGAUCAAGUGAAACAGACAAUUUUGAAAAUUCCAGGGUUUAUAGACGAUGUGUUUACUCAACUCCUGGCGGGUCUAGGCGCAGGGUUCUUUGCUGUCUGCAUAGGUUCUCCUAUUGAUGUGGUUAAGUCAAGAAUGAUGGGCGAUUCGACAUACAGAAGUACUCUUGAUUGUUUCAUAAAGACUCUGAAGUACGAGGGAUUUUUUGCCUUCUACAAGGGUUUCUUCCCAAAUUUCGGGCGUCUGGGAUCGUGGAAUGUUAUUAUGUUUCUCACCUUCGAGCAAGCAAAGAGAUUUUUGGUCGGAGCUGUAUGAGAGAGGCCUUGGUCAUUCACGGUUAGGGUAAGCAGGAGGUCGCGGAGUCCCGGAGCUUUGCCGAGUACGUACCACCGCCACUCAACUGUCAAAUGGGGUCAUGUCCUGUCAGCCGAUGCUCUACUGCAUCUAUCAACUCCAUGAAUAAGAACAGGUAGUGUAAUUUCCCGUGCCAAGGGCAUAUUUAUCGGGCCUCGAUUCUUUCUAUGGAGAGACUGUAAGCCAUGGACCAAUCGAUGUGAUACACACAUAAUUUGUUGAUUUGUGCCAGAGCAGGGGCACGUUUGUUUGCAGCAUUCGCAUUUGUUGCUUGUUCUACUUCUUUCUGGAUUGUAUCCAAGAGGCCUUGGAGCCUGAUAG